GCACAAAGGAGGAGUGAAGAAAAACGGUUUGCCGGAGAACAUGUAGAAGCAUGCGCAGUAAAAGAAAGAUAUAAAGCGCGCCAGCGCCAAAAUUUGCAUUUGGAAACUACACAACACCGUCGAAAAGCUAAAAGAUAUACUAACAACAUGAGUGGACGUGGAAAAGGUGGUAAAAGUAAGGUGAAAGCUAAAUCACGAUCCAGUCGAGCAGGACUUCAGUUUCCAGUUGGUCGUAUUCACAGAUUUCUCAGGAGAGGUCAUUAUGCUAACAGGGUUGGCAGUGGUGCUCCUGUGUAUUUAGCAGCUGUUUUAGAAUAUUUAUCUGCUGAAAUUUUAGAACUUGCAGGAAAUGCUGCAAGAGACAAUAAAAAGGCUAGAAUUAUUCCUCGACACUUACAAUUAGCAGUACGAAAUGACGAAGAACUAAACAAACUGUUAAGUGGUGUGACAAUUGCUGCUGGUGGUGUGCUACCAAACAUACAAGCAGUUUUGCUGCCAAAAAAGACAACAACAAAAGGGAAAAGCUCGCAAUCACAAGAAUAUUAAAGUGGAUUUUUUAAUAUUUGUAAUACGUUUUUGUGAUAUUCAUGAACCAAAUGUUAGAUCUCUGUAGUUAGUCUGCUGAAUAGUCACAAUUCAGACAACUUGGUAAAUAACAUACUUUGGGUUUGUCCUCUAAUCACCUUUACAGUUUAAAAUAAUAGACCCAAGAACUUGCCACAGUAAAUAAGGCAAAUAUUUUAAAUUUUAAUGCUUUGUAAAGUUCAUUUUCUUAAUAAAUAUUGUAAUAACCUGGC